CUGACUAGUCCACUUCUUUUUGACUACCAUUUUCUGCAAGUCUUCUUCUUCUGCAUUUGAUCCCAAACCUCUACUUCUUCUAUUUUCUUAGUCUUUGCACAACCUGCCUCUCUGCUUCCUUUCAAUCCACCCUCCUGUCUCCAUCUUUCUCUCAGUCUCAGCUCCUCUCCCUUCACGAUGAGUCUGAGUCGUUCGAAGCGGAUCAGCUCUAGCAGUUCAGUCCGCAGCAGCAGUGGAGUUGGCUCCAGGAGGCUCAGUGGCUAUGGUUCUGGUCCUGGAGGUUUCAGCGGUCUCUCUUUGAGCAGCAGCUCUUUGUACGCAGGCACUAACGGGCUCCACCACGGCCUCGGGGCCCCGCUGGCCUCUCUGUCCGUCAACAGGAGCCUGCUGGCCCCUCUGAACCUGGAGAUAGACCCCAGCCUCUCCAUGAGCCGCGCCCACGAGAAGGAGCAGAUCAAGAGCCUCAACAACCGCUUCGCCACCUUCAUAGACAAGGUGCGUUUCCUAGAGCAGCAGAACAAGAUGCUGGAGACGAAGCUGGACCUCCUGCAGGGUCAGGGGGCGGUCCGCUCCAAUGUGGAGCCCCUGUUCGAGGCCUAUAUGGCGGGUCUGAGGCGCCAGAUGGACCUGGUCAACAACGACAAGACCAAACUGGACGGAGAGCUGAGGAACAUGCAGGGCCUGGUGGAGGACUACAAGCACAAAUAUGAGGACGAGAUUAACAAGAGGAACAACCUGGAGAACGACUUUGUGAUCCUAAAGAAGGAUGUAGACUCAGCCUACCUGGUGAAGGCCGAUCUGGAGGAUAAAGUCGGAUCUCUGACUGAUGAAAUCAACUUCCUGCGCAACGUGUAUGAGGAGGAGCUGCGUGAGCUGCAGGCCAGCAUCAAAGACACCUCAGUGGUGGUGCAGAUGGACAACAGCCGCAGCCUGAACAUGGAGCAGAUCGUAUCGGAGGUCAAAACUCAGUACGAGGAGAUCGCUGCCCGCAGCCGAGAGGAGGCCGAGGCCUGGUACAAGAGCAAAUUCGAUCAGAUGUCGGUGCAGGCGAAUCAGUACGGAGACGAGCUGCGUGUCUCGAAGGGAGAAGUGGGCGAGAUCAACCGUCUGAUCAGCCGCCUGCAGAGCGAGAUCGAGGCCGUCAAAGCCCAGCGCGGGGCUCUGGAGAACCAGCUGGCGGAGGCUGAGGAGCGUGGAGAGCUGGCUGUGAAGGAGGCCAAAGCUCGGACCAGAGACCUGGAGGACGCUCUGCAGAGAGCCAAACAGGACAUGGCCCGGCAGCUGCGGGAGUACCAGGACCUGAUGAACCUGAAACUGGCUCUGGAUAUUGAGAUCGCCACCUACAGGAAGCUGCUGGAGGGCGAGGAGGACAGACUCGGACAUCAGUCCAUCCUCAACAUCCAGACUGUGACCAACUACAGUACUAAAAGUACUAAUGGCUACCACAGUAACAGCUCCUCUCCUGCUCCAAAACUGCUGAUCAAGACAACGGAGACCAGGAACAACUCCAGAUACAGCACUCACUAAGAACACAUACACAUACGUGCACACACACAAACACACACACACACACACAUGCACGCACACACAUACACAUACACACGCACACACACACACACACACACACACACACACACACUCACUCACUCACUCACUCACUCACUCACUCACUCACUCACUCACUCACUCACUCACUCACUCACUCACUCACUCACUCACUCACUCACUUCAUUAGCAGAUAUUUCUAAGUUUGUGAGGGUGCAGGUUAAUAAUUACUAAUUUUCUGUAGAACAAUUACAAUCAUUUUAACAUGAAGAAUUAAGUGGAAAUAGUUGUUUUUGAUAUAAUUAGCGACAUGUUUGUUUUGUGUGUUGGGUACCAUUUUAAUCUGACUUCAGUUAUAUGCAGCACCAUCGGGGCUUUAACCUCCUUGGGUUAUUAAACAAUGUAAUACACUGCAUGCAAUUAAUUAAUCUGUGUGAGAUUAUAAAAAGAAAUUGUGUAGAUUUUGAAGAUAUCGGAUUAGAAGUGUGCUGUUUUUGUUUCUCUACUUUUGCUGAUUAUAUUCAUAAAUUGUACUCGAUGUUGUUAUAAAAUAAUCGUAGUGUUCAUCUACAAAUGUAAUCACUGGGUUUACGUUUCUUUUGAACU